UGGAGUGGCGCAGCUUCUUUUAAAUUUCGCUCAGUUAAAACAGUAGAUAAUCAGCUUCCGUUAAUUAAUCUUUGGCGAAAGAGACCACUUCGACGCGCUCAUACAGAACAGAAGUAUGGAGGUGGAAAACCGAACCAACAGUUUUGAGUACGCCGAGCGGAGCAAGGCAAUUAGUGGUUUCUACGCAGACCACUCCCUCCAUUCGGACCAGAAUGAUGGAAUCGAUGGCCUAAAGGAGCACCAUUUAGAUGAUCAGGCUGACCAGCGCUCCUGCCUCAUCUGCGGCGACCGGGCCACGGGCCUGCACUAUGGCAUCAUCUCGUGCGAGGGCUGCAAGGGCUUCUUCAAGCGCAGCAUCUGCAACAAGCGCGUCUACCGCUGCAGCCGCGACAAGAACUGCGAGAUGUCGCGCAAGCAGCGCAACCGCUGCCAGUACUGCCGCCUGCUCAAGUGCCUGCAGAUGGGCAUGAACCGCAAAGCUAUCAGGGAAGAUGGGAUGCCAGGCGGACGAAACAAAAGCAUCGGGCCAGUCCAGAUCUCGCACGAGGAGAUUGAGCGCAUCAUGACUGGUCAGGAGUUCAAGGAGGAAGCCGGCCUGGCGGAACACACCUGGAGCAAUAAUGGAGACAGCGACCACAGCUCCCCUGACAACGGCGUCUCCGAGGGCAACCAUCCCUCCCCCAUCUCUACCUUGUCCUCCAGCCGCUCGCUGGAGAUGAACGGCUACUCUGGCUACAGGGACCAGUACGUGGGCACCCCCGUGCCCCCCCACUACCAGUUCCUCCCGCACCUUUUCGGCUACAGCACCCACAGCAGCCUGCUGCCCACCCCGGCGCGGAGCCUGUACCCCCAGUCCCAGACCCUGGUGUCCCAGCUGGUGGCCGCCGAGGACCUGGCACCACUGGCCACACCCAUGCUGAUCGAAGAAGGGUACCGUGUGACUCAGGUGGAGCUGUUUGCUCUGCUGUGCCGCCUGGCCGACGAGCUCCUGUUCCGCCAGAUCUCGUGGAUCAAGCAGCUGCCGUUCUUCUGCGAGCUGCCCAUCGAGGACUACACGCGGCUGCUGAGCGCCACCUGGCAGGAGCUCAUCCUGCUGGCCAGCCUCACCAUCUACAGCCCGCAGAUCUUCGGAGACCUCGCCCACAUCACCACCAAGUACACACCCAGCGACGAGGAGCUGCAAGGGUUUGGCGAGGACAGCAUGGAGGUGAUGGAGAGGCUCAUCUACUUCUUCCGCAAGUUCCACCAGCUGAAGAUCAGCAACGAGGAGUACGCCUGCAUGAAAGCCAUCAACUUCCUCAACCAAGCAGACAUCGCCGGUCUGAGCAACGCAGGGCAGGUGGAGCAGCUGAACAAGCGCUACUGGUACGUGUGCCAGGACCUGACGGAGAGCAAGUACCCGCACCAGCCCAAGCGCUUCCCCGAGAUCAUGAUGUGUCUGCCCGAGAUCCGCUGCAUCGCAGGUAAGAUGGUCAACAUCCCUCUGGACCAGCUCCCCCUGCUGUUCAAAGCCGUCCUCCACUCCUGCAAGUCCAACGUGAGCAGCCUCAGCACAGUGUCCUCCCCCGGCCUGACCGUCCGAGCCGCUCCGGGAAACUGAGUCACGCCCCCUUAAGCCUACCGUCGAAUAGGAGGGGAGAUAGCUGCAGAGGAGGGAGGGGCUAGUGCUGACAAGCCACUCCCUCCCUUGCGGCUGACUUUGUGAAUGUGACGAGCAGCUGUUGUUUUUUUUCUCUCUUUCCUUAGUUCUUUUUUUUUUAAACAAUGUUGUUUUUGUCCCCUAUUUCUAUUUAUUACCUGACAGAGAUGAAUGUAUGAUUCUCUAUGCUGUGCACAUGCUGCUGUUCCAGAAUGCACAAAACAAUGCAAGUCACAGUGCAGUUUACCCAAAGGCUGUUCAAUCAAAUGUUGACAGUGUAGCCAGUAUUUUUUUCUUUUUGGCCCAGGCUAGUUCUGGCCGAUAUGCUCUCUCUCCAAAGAUUUAGAUUUCUCAUGUUUAGGGAUGUGUGGGCGCAAAUGAACUACAUUUUAGCCAAAUAUACUACCUCAGUUGUUACAUGUUCAGGUGCUGAUUACCAUAUUAACCUGUGUAGAAUCUCCACAUAUUAUUUGGACUUGGUGCGUAAACGACAGCACCUUGUCAUCAUUUUGUUUAAUUCGUCAGUUUCCAAAAAUGUCCAAAGAUGUUGUCAAUUACAGCAAGUGGUUGAGCUUUGUCUAUGGACUUUAUAUGCAGCAUAUAUAUAGCAUAAGUAUAUAUAUAUAUAAAUAUCUCAAGCAUAUAUCAAGAGACAUUGAGUAUUCACUGUUCUCUAUCUCAUUUCCGAGCGCUAGUUUUAAUUUAUAGAGAACAAUACAGGUAUUUUCUACAGUCCCACAUCAUGAAAUCCUGUGCAAGGGAGUGGAUGGUAAUACAUUUUAUUCUUAGGUUUGAUUUAGUGUGUGUGUGUGUGUGUGUGUGCGCCAUAGAAUCAAGUAUUGUUUCUUUCUACUAUGGAAAGGGGUACUGGAAGGGCACUGUGAAUUUAACCACUAACCAGUCGACUGGUCGGAGCGAACAUACGAGUCCUUUGAAUGUUUGGCCAGCAGACUGUGGCCCAGUAAGCCACCUUAACGUGUGCCAGUUGCCGGGGAGACAAGGAAGUGCAAUACGCACAGUGUGAGAACGAACUGAACAACCCCAUGACUGAUCCAGUAGGAGGGAAAAGGGAUGCUGACGUGCUAGAUAGCGCUACGCCCAUCCCAGCCGUGUUCAAACAUGCUUCUUUUGGUAAGGGUCCUUUCA